CUCGACAUCCAGCCCUGGAGCAAUAUCCAAACCUCCGCAAAAUUGUUUUUUCCCAUCUUGCACUAUUCUUCUGUGGAUUGCGAAGCUUUGUCAAGGUGAAUGCCCAUGUGGGAAACGCCCUUUUGCUCCCAAACCAAGCCGGCCUCUUGACCAACUCAAGUACCCGCAACCCCUUCGAUUGGUGUUCCUUCUUGAUUUUCACUCGCCGCAUCUGCUCUCUUGCCGGCCACAAUCGCGUUUUUAGAACCUUUUAAUCCCCAGCCCCCUAACAGCUGGUCGCAUCUCGUGGUUGUAGCCCGUUUCGUGGCACUGCAUAGGAACUGCUCAGCUUGUGAAUAAGAUUCAAGGAUGGUGUUUGCACGCUAUACGUGGUCGGCAUCAGGCUCAUAGCCAUCUCUGUGACCAUGUCGCGUGCCCCCGCUGGCUUCGCAGAUUUUUUUCCGACCGCUCCAUCUGUUCUCCAAAAGAAACGUAGCAAAGCUGCCCAGGACCGACACGCGGCCAACACGCCAAAGGCGGCCGAUCCGCUACCGAACCUGGGGCUAUCGUCGACUCCCGACAUCAAAGGUGGGGUGGGCACGUCAGCGGAUAAUCCUGUCAGGGCCGUGGGUGAGCGAAGCGCGGAGACGACUCUUGCGCUCGGUGAUACCAAUGGAGCAACAUCUUCGAGUUCCCUUAGCACCGGCUCCUCGGGCUUCUUCUCUGCCUCUGCGCCACCCGGGGUAGCGAAACCGAAUGGGAUAAGCUCCUGUGCCCUCACCCCCUUGACAAAUACCGAUUCUUCCCCCCCGUGUAAGAUCGAAAGCCCGCUGGGUUCCAAAUCUGGCUCCACGGAUGCUGCACCUCAGCUCGCACCGACAUGCGAAGCUCAUGGCGGACCUGAGCCUGUCACAAUUACGCCCUUGCACACCCCUCCGACUCCUCGCGUACAAGCACGUCCGGCAAACAGCGAGGUUAAAGGCCACAAAAUAACAUAUGAUCCGGAUCUUGAUAGGAAAUUUCCGUCCAAAGCCAGGCGAAGGAAGCCCCAGUACGAGACAUUCGGCGUCGACGAUGAAAAGGACCCUCCCCCUUGCGACCCUCGCAUGGCAAUUGCAAACUAUACCCGCGGUGCUGCUUGCAAACAAAAGACCAAGUAUCGACCAACACCUUAUAUUCUUCGACCGUGGGCGUACGAUCCUACUACCUCUGUCGGUCCCGGACCUCCGACUCAGAUAGUGGUGACUGGUUUUGAUCCCUUAACACCGAUCGCUGCUAUAAGUGCCUUAUUUUCCAGCUUUGGGGACAUUGGAGAGAUCAAUAACCGAACCGAUCCUAUGACUGGUAGAUUCCUUGGAGUUUGUUCCAUUAAAUAUAAGGAUAGUCGAGCGUUCCGCGGUGGUAUAUCUUUAUCCGCUUCCCAGGCCGUCAGAAGGGCGUACCUUGAAUGUAAAAAAGAACAGAGGAUUGGAACUCGGCGAAUCCGGGUCGAGUUGGAUCGAAAUGGCGUCGUCAGCGGCCGAAUGGUUGCGAAACUUAUUACAGCCCAGAAAGCAGAAUUUCCUUCGCUAGAGGAAAGUAGGAAGGAGUCUGUCGGAGAUAAUGAUAACCGGCUACCCAUAGGUGAUGGUGCGAAAAAGGACAACGAACAGUCAAAAGACAAUCUUCCACCCUCUACAGCUCCGAAGGGGCCAUCAGGACGAUCUUCUCUUCACCCUUCUCUUCUGGCUCCCGAUGGCCCACGGGCGGUCUUGAAGUCGCCGGUGCCUUCGAGAAUUGAAGAAACGCCCAUUUUGCAGCAAAUCAAACGGGAUCCGUACAUAUUCAUUGCCCAUUGUUACGUUCCGGUUUUGAGCACCACAGUUCCGCACCUAGAGCGCCGCUUAAAGCUUUACGAUUGGAAGGCGGUCAGAUGCGAUAAGACCGGAUACUAUAUUAUCUUCGAAAAUUCGCGCCGUGGUGAAUUAGAAGCAGAACGAUGCUACAGAAUGUGUCAUAUGACUGCACUUUUUACCUAUGUUAUGAACAUGGAAUGCCAACCAUAUGGUAACCCGAACUACGAAAGAAGCCCGAGUCCUGAGCGCAUUAAAGCAGAGAAGCGGGAGAAGGCGAAAAGGGAGAGGUUGCACCGGGAAAUGGAGCUAGAUAUCGAGGAAGAAAAACGACUCCGAGUAGAAAACCUCGAUCCCGCGCGGGAAGCCCUCAGCGUUCUUAUCAUUGAAUUGAGAGACAAGCUACUAGAUGAUGUUAAAUCCCGAGUGGCGGCUCCAGCUUUGUAUGAUUUCCUUGAGCCUGACCGUCACAACGCUAAACGGCAACAACUUGGAAUUCCGGCGCCUGAGGGUACGGGGCGACCCAGCUUUAGGAUCGAUGCAUCGACUGAUGGCACCGUGGUCCAUUCCCAACCAGACGCUUAUUCUCGUCACCAUCGACCCGGUGGUGUUUCCAGUUUGAAUGUCUUGGCGCUUCCGCGUAUAAGGAAGGUCAAAGGAUUUGAGCAAGGUAACGCGGUAUAUAUCGAUGAAAGGCGAAGAGCCAAACCGAGGAAAAGAGAGUUUAGGCCCCUAUAUCACCGCCUUCAGCAACUUCAUGAGAUUGAAGAUUCAGAUGAUGACCAGCAGGUUUCCUUCGCUCGAGACACGGAAGAGGUGGAAAGCCGCCCUCUCAGCCGUCUAAGUUCGGAGUCUGCGGAAUCCGACAAUGAGGAUGACUUAAUGCGGAAAAGCCCAAGCUUGUUGGAUGCCAAACCGCUAGACGUACCCCUGCCGGAGUCUGAAAGCCUGGCGGGCGGUAUUGAGCAGAGCGGUCUGCCGGACAGGGAGAAGAGUAUCAUUGAAGAAUUAGAACGGGGAAUCAACACACUUCCAACUUCGUCUAAAAAGAGGAAACGAUUAAUUGAAGAGCUUGCAACACGCAAAAAGCGAAAAGAAGUCGAUAAUUUAUUCGAACUUGACGCCAAACCUUUGGAAUCACUGGUUGAGGAAACGGCACAAGAGGCUCUGCCUGCAGAUUCAACCGAUGCUUUGCGGACGGUAACACCGGUACUGAAAGACAAGAAACGUAAAGUGAAGGGUCAAUCCGGGAAGCAGAUCUUUGAGGAAAGGCAAGCCCCGAAACGGAAAGAAAUUGAUUCUACGCAGCCUCUAUUGUUCGAAGAAUCAGUCGAGUUGCUACCCGAAGGGGAAAUAGAAAUUUCUGAACCGGCCAUUGAAGAGCUGAAACCAGAAGUGGAAUGGGGAGUGUCAACAGACGAACCGCGACCAACAGCAGAAGACGAUGAUACAAUUGUCCUCGACUUGGACGGCUGGCAGAGUCUCAUUAAGGAUGACGAGGAUAUUAAUUUCCUUAAAAAGGCUCUGUCAGAGCAUCUCGCGGCGGAUAUUGGGAAUCUGGCCGCUUGGACUUGGAAGCAUAAAGAAAUAAAGGCAAUUAAUCGCGGCGGCGACAGAGGCCCAGUGCACUCUGAGACAAGGAUUGACGGAUAUUAUGUUCCAAAUCCUUCUGGUUCGGCAAGGACAGAGGGAAGAAAAAGGAUUCGGGAAUCAGAAAAAUCGAAGUACCUGCCUCAUCGGAUCAAAGUCCAGAAAGCUCGCGAAGAACGGUUGGCUAAAGCGAAGAAUGACCCUCAUGCAGCAGCCGCCGAAGCGGCGAGACUUCUUGCGGCUAAAUCACUUUCUAAAUCUACGUCUCGGUCUACCCGUGUAAAUAAUCGGCGUCUGAUCGCUGAUAUCAAUGCACAGAAGCAAGCGCUCCCAAUGCAAAAUGGGGACAGCGACGUCCUGCGAUUCAAUCAACUGAAAAAGCGGAAAAAGCCAGUGCGAUUUGCUCGAUCGGCUAUUCAUAAUUGGGGACUGUACGCCGAAGAAAAUAUCUCCGCCAACGAUAUGAUUAUUGAGUAUGUUGGAGAGAAAGUUCGUCAACAAGUCGCAGACAUGCGUGAAAGGAGAUAUUUGAAGAGCGGUAUAGGGAGCAGCUACCUAUUCCGAAUUGACGAAAACACUGUUAUUGAUGCUACAAAAAGAGGUGGAAUUGCAAGAUUUAUCAAUCAUAGUUGCACUCCAAAUUGCACUGCAAAGAUAAUCAAAGUUGAUGGUAGCAAACGGAUCGUUAUUUAUGCAUUGAGAGAUAUCGACCGAGACGAGGAACUCACCUAUGACUACAAGUUUGAGCGGGAAUGGGAUAGCGAUGAUAGAAUACCAUGCCUUUGCGGCUCGGCCGGCUGUAAGGGGUUCCUAAACUGAUUUCACUUUUCGACAUACUGAAGCCUUCCACCCUCGGUGUUCUGGUUUUUACUCCUUUUAAAACACAGUUAAAUACACCUUGUAAAGAUCUAUUUUCGUAACCUUCAUAGCGUUAACAAGCUUUGAUUUUGGGGCUGUGGACAACCGUCGAGACUCGAUAUUGCCUUUUCCGCGAUGUGUUAGGCGUCCUUCCUUUUUCUUUCUUUGUUUCUUAGGAUCUUGCACGUCUGUUACAAUGGUCAUGUAUCCUCCAUAUAUUCUUGUACCGUCCCAAAUAGGUCUAAUUUCUACCUUCAAUUGUUAUCGGAGGCGAAAGUUCAUGGCUAGGGCUAGGUUUAAAUACUUGGAGUU